AUGUAAAUUAUUGAGAUCUCUUUAGGAGAAGGUUCAGUGGGAUAGGUAAAGAAGGUGAAAAUUGAAGAUAAUUUAUAUGCCAUCAAACAAUUUAACAGUAGACUAGGAUCGAAUGAAUAUCGAAUUCAUUAAUAGCUGAAACAUCCAAACAUUUUGAACUUCAUUUAGGGAAAUGAGGACUACAUAAUUACAGAAUUAAUGAGUCCAUUUAGUUUAUUUGAUUUUGUAAAAACUGCAAGAUCAAUGUCAGUAAAUGCUUCAAACUGCAUUUUAAAAUAGUUGGUUGAAGCAUUAAAGUACAUGCAUCAAUAAAGAAUUGCGCAUAGAGAUGUAAAAUUGGAGAAUGUUUUGGUGGAUGAAUAAAAUUUCAAAAUCAAACUUUGUGAUUUUGAUGUGAGUGUGAGUUUGGAUGAAGGGAAAGUCUAGAAUUAAGUGGGGACCUUUAAUUAUUUGGCCCCAGAAAUUAAUCACUAUGGAGAGAUCAAUGCCUUAAAUUUGUAAGAAUGUGAUAUCCAUUCUUUGGGUGUCUUAUAUUUCACUUUGCUUUUUGGAAAUUUUCCCUUCAAAUAGGCCAAUUAAUCUAAUGGCAUGUAUAGAUUAAUAAUUGAAAACAAUUGGGAGAAAUUCUGGCAUAUUUUUUAGAGUAGAAGGACCUAAUAGAUUCCUCCUAUUUGUUUAGAAUUAAUUCAAGGCAUGAUUGAAUAUAAUCCAAAACAACGAUUCACUUUGGACGACAUUCUGAAUAAGAUUGAGCCUGUAAACGAAAUAGAGUAUGUGAAUGAGAUGCAAAAAGUCCAUAUUUAGUUACAAGAGAUGCAGAGAGAAAAAGGGAAUCUUAUUUUAGAAAACUGACC